CCGAGGGCGGUUGUUCAACGGCCCGGGGAGGCGAGUGCGCGUGCACGCGCGGCCUCCGGGCCGCUGGCGGGGAGGCGAGUGCGCGUGCACGCGCGGCUCCGGGCCGCUCGGUUCUCCCAGGCCUUCGGCCGUACGCGAUGUCGCUCGUCCGCUCCCUCCGCUCGCAGGCGGCCGGGACGAGCCGCAAGAAGGGGAAGGCGCUCCCUCGCAAGGAGUGGGACAGCACCAUCAAUGACCUGAGCGUUCACCGAGCCCACCCGGAGGAGCUGGCGCGGCGCCGGGAGACGCGCGUCUCCAAGAACCGGGCCGCAGCGCAGUGGGAGCUCCGGCAGCGGGCGGCGGCGGCGAGCGGUGGGCAGAGGCGGCGAGCGGCGCGGACCCAGCAGCGGCCGGUGACGGCCGAGCUGUUGCUUGACCAGUGCCGGCUGCGCGACGUGCUGGCUCGGUCUGACCGCGCUCUGGCCGUGCUGCGGGAUCCCUUCGGCGAUGCCCCGCGGCGCCAGGCCGGCUUCCCGAACGUCACUGUGGCUCCCGGCGGCGAGCAGCCUCCCGCCGCGCAGCUGAUAGCGCAGAAGGGCGAGCAGCCCACUCAGCUGUCCCUGCUCAGCGAGUCGGUGAUGGACUCGCAGGCCCUCAAUGAAGCUUCCGACUGCAGAGAGCCGGAGGCAGACGGUUCAGUGUCCGCGCAGCAUCAGGCCGGCGGUCACCCACUGGAACCGAGAACCCCCGAACCCUUGGGAGACCGGCCCCAGACAUCGCCCACCCGGACCCCAGAUGGUGCCUCGGUGGUACACGUAGGUUUAAAUGCAACCGCAGCCAUCCAGAGAGUGAGAUCCAGAGUGGAAAGUAGAGCGGAGAAUGAUAUGGAACCAGGUGGCACAUCCCCAACUGAAACCACCAGGGUAAUCCGGCAAGUACUUCAUCCUGCUUCAAGAAACUCUCAAAACGGCAUAUCAAAGGACAAAGUUUGUGAUGCACCCACCGAAAGAAUAGAAAACAGGAGGCCCGAGGACAGGCAGAUGAAUCUGGAGGUGCUGCAGGAAAUGAUUGAGAAAAUUGACAAGGAGCUGGUGGAAUUCGAUCGCCAAACAGGAUGCGAGGUUACCAGCUGGUUGCCCGAGAAGGGUGCGGUUUUAACAGGUUUCACUUUCUCAUUGGUCAGCUUGAUCGGCAGAUUGACCCACUCUUUAAAAGAGUGCAGAAUUCGGCAGUGGCAAGAGAAGGAAAACCAUCAGCAACUUCUGGAAAAAUCCAACCAUCAGCAAGCACUGAUUGAUGCGUUAACAGCAGAAUUUCUAAUGGUACAGAAUAAAUUUGUUUCGCUACAGGCUAACCUGCAGCAAUAUGUGAUCAAAACAGAUGAAGAGCUUCACUCACUGAAACAAAUGUUGCAUAGAUCUCCAAAAGCAGAAAGUAAUAAACCAAGACAAAGCGUUGUUCAUGCAGCUCAGGAGACUGCAGUAGGACAGGAGAGUUUGUAUAGUUGUGCUUGCCCUAAGAAACAAGGCAGUGUUCUUUCAAGGGUUGUACCAAAUGAUGACAAUGGACUUUUAAAAGGCCUGAACCAAAAGCAGCCCUGUGCUUAUCAGUACAAAGGAUUCAGUUGGAGAAUGAAAAGGGUCAGAGUUUACCUGAGCAUCCAUUUGGUCCUGCGGUAUUGCUUUCUCCUCCAAGACAGAGGAAUAGCCAAAUAUAAUGUACAUAAGGAAUCAAAUGAACCCUCACUGAUUCUCAAGGAAGCUUCGUAUGUUCCACAAGGAGAAAAUGACUUUGCCAAACACUUAGCAGCACAGAACCAAGUGUCAGAUUGUCAGGACCUUGCCCAGCAAUGUAAGAUCUGUGAUGAUAUCAGUGAGCACAAGAACCGAGUCUCACUUCACCUGCAAUCAAAAUCAUUCUUGAACAAUUGGCUUAAACAUGAAGCAAUGUUAACUCAAAUUACUGAGCUACAGUUGCAGAAUUCUGCUCUCAAAGCCCAACUUGGUCAGUUCAAAAUAGGUAAAUUAUCUGAGCCAACACCACAAAUUGAGAAGACUAUUUCCAGCACUUCUGAAAGUCUUCAGCAAAGGAUUGCUGAGCUCAACCAACAGAGUGCUGAAGCACGCAGCACUUUGCAUCUGAUUGAACAGCAAAGACAGAUAUCCUCUGAGUCAAUAUCUCCAACUAUUUCUCCUAUUCCACCCGAGGGAAUGGCAACAGGAACUGGCAGCAGAACACUGGAAGUAUUGAUCCCACUGCCCAGUGUAUUGGACUCUUCCGCAGGUAGCACACCUUCCCCUGCCAGUAAAGUUAACAGAAAUAGAUCAAUAGAUAACACUAGUACAGCUAGUUCCACAUUCCACUUGAAUAAAGUUGAUGGAAAUAGGACACCUGUAACUCAAGGAACAAAACCAGAAAGAUUGAAAGAAGAAGGUUGGUUUUGCGCUGUCUACUCAUACCAUGCGAUUCUAAAGAUGUGAGAUAUAUAAAUCUAUAUUUGGAUAAUUGAGGAACAAGUAGCUUUCAUAUUUGUAGGAUAAAAUGCUACAGAAAUCUGAAACAAACUACAUUUGAAUGAGCAGCACAAGAACUACCACUUGUUCUAUUCUCUCCGGAGAUUUCAGAUUUUGCUUUUGUUUGAGCUUUUGUAUUUGCUCUGUAUUACUUUGAAUGGAAGUGGAUAAAAUUUUGUGAGCAUGGAUAGUUGAAUAUUUUCAAUUGUGCUGAUUGAUCUAUAGAGAAAAAAAUACAGGCUUUUAUGAAGCUGCUGUACUAGAAAGAAAUGAGUUGCCGGUGUUCCUUGUACUGCAAUAUUUUUAAUUGAUCAGCUUUCAAUUUAUUUUUAAGUUUGGGGUUAGUGACAAGGAAACUAAGUGAUGGGUAAUAAAUUGGCAAUCCAUUUUACAUCCUUCCAUUUAUUUCCAUUGCCUUCAUUGUAAGUAAAUGUGAGAUGUAAAAAAAAGCUAAAUUACAAUCAAGUCUUUUGGGCUGGGAUGUUUGGAGUUUUUUUUUAUAUAACGUUCAGAAAUUUUUUUGACUUGGAACAAGGAGUUAUUAGUGUUUAAGAUAAGCAAACUUAUUUAUAAUUAAGAAUUUUAAUACAUUUUAUACAGAUAAAUAGAUUACAAUAUGGUUUGUAUUUGGUACAUCAAUAAAACUUCCACAAUAUGAACAGAAGUGAAAA